GCCGAAUGUAAACACUCUUUCACUUCAACUUCACAUUGUCCAUAACGUCUCUCUUAAUGACUUCUGAUAAUAAAGGGUUGGUCCUUUUUCGACAAACUAAUUGAAUGGAAAUUUCAUUACUUUGCACUUUACAGAAAAAAUGAUUGAAAAACUAUAAAAGUCGUAUUUUAAAAAUAAUCUUUCUAAAAAUAUAUAAAUAUUUCCUUUUUCUCGUUAUUUAUUCAAUCUGUUUUAUUUUCUUUCGUUUUUUCGUUUUUUUUUCUUUUCUUCCAUAUUUGUUCCUUCUUUUUAUCUUCUAUAUAUUAAAAUCUACAUUUUAUACUAUACACAAUUCAUAUACUGUCGCUAUCUAAUAGUAUUAUCUUUCGCUAUCCUCGCACAUCCGACUAUAUCCUCUCUCACUGAUUUACAUUGUAUCAAUCCUCCUCUCUAUAACAAUAAACUAUCGCAAUUACCGUUCAAAAUGCUAUCUAAUAUUCUUUCGCUCUUUGUUUUGUCCUCCGUUUUAAAAGUCGCUCUUGCUGAUGAUUCUGAUUCCUUCUACUUGUUCUCAAUUGCAACUGGAACUAAUCUAAACUUCGAGCAAAUUGUUAUCAAAGAUGAUGCUUUACUUAUUCAAAUCCCUAGAACCAGUGAUUUCGACUCCUCAUUGACAAAUUUCGAAGGUUACAUCAACACCAAAGGUCAAAUAAUUGUUUCUUCUGAUGGUGAUUCAUAUCUUGAAUUCGAUGAUGAAAAAUUGAAAACAACCGAUUCUGAUGGCUCGUCUCCCUUUUCAAUCUCAAAUAACGUAAUUCAAUUCGAUGGUGACUCCUCUUUCAAAGCUUGUCCAAAUGAUGAUGAUAAAUCAACUUAUUCAAUCUACUCUAAAGACCAUGACUGUGAUGACUCGGUUGAUAUUGUAUUAAGAACUGGUAAUGUUGCUCUUUCUCAACCAGUAAAUCAAUACUCUCCAUCCGAUGUUAGUGAAUCCUCAUCUUCCUCAAGAGCAUCUUCCUCUUCCUCUUCCUCUUCUUCUUCCUCUUCCUCAUCAUCAUCCUCUUCCUCAUCAUCAUCCUCUUUUUCAUCAUCUACGGCCUCAUCCACCUCAUCGUCAUCUUUAGAAGCUUCCUCUUCAGCUUCUCCUUCUUCUUCAGCCCCCGUAUCAUCUUCAUCCACUGUUCUUUCAUCAUCCUCAGCUGUUCCAUCCUCCUCAGAUUCUUCUUCGGCUGCCCCAUCAUCCUCCGCCGCUGCUUCCUCUUUCAUUUCUUCUUUCAUUUCUUCAUCUACCUUGGAAACCAAAUAUGUUCCUGCAUCCACUGUUCCAGUAGAUGAUGAAGAAGAAGAAUCUUCUCUCUCAUCCUCUACUGUUGUCCCCGCUCUCGAACAAAGUAAUAAUGCCAUCUCAAACAUUAACCUUUCAAUCAAUUCUUUCAUCAUCAUCUUCUCUUUAGUCUUUACCUUUCUCUUGAUGUCAAUUUAAUCUAUUAACUAAUUAUUAAUUCUUUAUUUACCUACUUACCUACCUACUUUUAUUUUUAUCUUUCAUUCUCAUUCUUAUUUCUUUCCUUUACCUUAUAUUCUCACUUCCCUGUUAUUCUUAAUUUCUUUUUAUCACAUUUUAUUAAAAUUUUUUUCUUUUUUUUUUUCGUAUCUAGACACAUUCCUUUGGUUGACGGUUAUAAUUAUUUCUUCAAAAUUACAAAAAGUUGAACUGGUCUUACUGGUCUUAUUGGCAUUGAUUUUAUAAAUUCACUUAAAAAAAGCAAAAAAAACAACAAAAAAACAACAAAAAAAAAUUAAAUAGUUUUGAUUUCUUUUCUUUCUAAUUCACUUUAUCUCACUUACCUCUACUUUUCUUUUUUUUUCUUUUUAUUUUACUCUUAUAUAUCAUCUUUUAUAAGUACUUUCUAUAGGGUUGUUAUAAUUUAUAUCA